AUGUUGAGUGAGCUUGGGCGCAUGUGCGAACAGCCGCUUGAAUCGAAGACCACCACCACCACCACCACCACCAGGGCGCAGACGACUCAGCCUUCCCAGCCGAAAGCAAAGCCGCUCAAGCAGGCCGACGCCAAGCACAACAACGUGAAAUGCUACGGCGAGGGGCGCAAGAUGAGCAACAUCCGGCUACAGAACGGCAUCAAUUCCUUCUGCAAGAACAUUGGCUCCGACGUUGGCGUCCAGGCCCGCGACCUAGAUGGCAGGGCCGCCGCCGGGCAGCAGCAGCUCCUGAGCGGCUCCAAGAAGGAGUACAUCAAGCCCUUUUCUGUACAGGAGGAGAUUAGCUUCAGCUUCGAGGUGCUCUGCGGCUGCUCGUGGACGUUCAGCAUGGACGAGUGUACGCGAUACUUCAAGACGCCUGUCGAUAGCUGUAACUGUGGCGGGGAGAACGGUAAGCAGGGCGGGUAUGGGAGUAACAACUGCCUGAGGUGGAAGACGGAUCCGAAUAGCUCGGCGUACUAG